AUGCCUUUCUGUUUGUUUCCUCUGUCUCCCUCACUCCCCUCGGCCCAUUCUCUCUCUCUCUCGCAGGUGAAUAACACGAACCUGCAGGACGUGCGGCACGAGGAGGCGGUGGCCUCUCUGAAGAACACCUCUGACAUGGUGUACCUGAAAGUGGCCAAGCCUGGCAAUGUCCACCUCAACGACAUGUACGCGCCCCCCGACUAUGCCAGCACCUUCUCAGCCUUGGCCGAUAACCACAUAAGCCAUAACACCAGUCUGGGUUACCUCAGCAGUGUUGAGAACAAACCCACCUACCCAGCCCCGCCACAGGCGACCCCAUCUAGGUACUCGCCCAUCCCUCGACAUAUGAUUGGGGAGGAGGACUUCACCAGGUGA